CCCUGUGUUUCCUCACAUUCUCUGGCCCUAAUCUCAGUCAUGGCUAUGCAAGAGCAUCUGAAGGUGAAAGAACAUCAUCGACGCCCCAUAACAGCUCUUGGCUACCAUUCAGCACGACGGGAGUGCCUCACCGGCUUUGAAGAUGGAGUUAUCAAAUGGUGGGACGUGGAGAAUGGGCGCAUGUCCCUCUGCGCCAAGGAGCAUGCUGGCCGAGUCACCCACUUCCAGUCCUGGGUGCAGGCACGACUCCUCUUCUCUUCUUCCAAUGAUGGCUCCGUGCUCGUGUGGGCUGUAGGCGGCACUGUGCUUGACCGCAUCCAGCUAGGCUACCCUAUCUUCACCUUGUCCAUCAGCCUGGCUCGGCAUCUCCUGCUCUGUGGCAGCAAGGGACGCCUGAUGGCUUUCCCCUUGGAUGAAAGGAGAGAAUCUGGCCACGUGGUCCACAUGGCCCAGGGCUUUUCCGAGCACACACACACAGACAUCGUGUCCUGCAUCGCCUGCCUGGACAACCAAAUAUACACAGCAGGGUAUGACAAGAAGCUGCUGAUCUUUGACACCUAUCAGACUCCAGGCAGGAAGGGCCUGACAACCAAGCACUGCAUCCCACGUGCCCAUCGUGCAGCCAUCACUCACCUGCUGCUGGUGCGGCAGCAAGAAACCACAAGGGUGCUCUCAGGUUCUUUUGACCAGACAGUUGGCAUCUGGUCCCAGGAUGGGAAGCUCAUCCAGCGCCUUGGCCCCUUCACCAGGAACAUUACUGGACUCUGCUACGUGGCAUCUGUUGGCAUCCUCUGGAUCACCAGUGGCACAACCCAGCCCACCCUCUAUGAGCCUCAGUCUGGGGAAAUAGUUUCACAGUUCAUAUCCACAUUCCAAGGCCAACAGAAAGAUGGGCCUGCUCUUCAGCAGCUUCUCAGCUUGCCAGACUCGAGGCAUGUGAUAGGCACAGCAAAGCCGCAGCAAAUACUCGUCUGGCGCUACAGCGAGUUGGGAUGCCUGACAGUGCUGCCUUGUAAACACCCCCUAGAGUGCCUAGCUUAUGCCAAAAAGGAGCCCGUUUUGCUCUUCAGUGGGGACAGCAGUGGGAUGCUACAGAAGUGGGAGAAGAGCUACAUCUCUCCCUUCAUCUACAGCAGGGAGUCCUUCCACCUAAGUGAAGCCCAACUGGAAAGAAGAGGCCCCUUGGCACAGCAGAGGGAGGAGGAUGGCAAGGAGAAGCCACAGCCUCGUCCAGAUUCCCCCCGAAAGCCAGGAAAGGCCUCCGUUGGGCAGCAGAGUGGCUACACCAGGUUCCAAAGUGCAGAGAAAGACAUGCGAAAAGGAAGCAUAGGCUUCACUAGGGCUCUCUUUGCUGAAGAGUUGAAUAUCCUGGUGGUGUCGGCAGCUGAUGGGAACAUUUAUCUCUGGGAGUUUGAGAGCUUCAUCCCAGAAGCUGAACCUUCUGCCCAGGUGAGUGCAAACCGCUGUCCUAGCCUCUGCUUCUUGGAUGGAAGACAGAAGACAUGUGCUUGCAGGUAAGCCGCAGGAAGUGAAUGGCCUCUGUCCUCCAAGAUAAGAAAGAUAAACCAGCCAGCCACAUUUAUUUAAGCAAGCCAACUAGGAGCCGCAUGGCAGCACAGGUUUUGGCUCAGAAAAUUCCCUUGGAUUACAAACAAAAGAGAAGUGGGUGACAUUUCUCCUAGAGAAAGGCUCCCUUAAUGGUUUGUUAUUUUCAUCCCAUGCUGUAGCAAUGC